UCCCCCGAAGUAGAUGAGUACUCCAAAUCCAGAAUCUAUCACUGACUGCGAGAGACGAGACAAAUCCGCUCACACGCACCAUCCCGAGUCAGGACAAGGUGAGCGCCGCGCCGGAGAGCCAAUCUGUGCCGCUUCUUUCGCCAGCGUUUUAGCCUUGUCCUCGCGGGCUCGUUUCGCCUUUAAACCUCUUUUUUCCUGUAGUCUGUGUUUUCCUUCCCUCUGCUUUACUACUGGCGUAUUUCUGCUUUCCGGUUGUGGGAUAGAAAUGCCGGCUAUCAUAAGUAAAAAUUCCGACUUGGAGUUUGACUCCUUACAGCCGUGCUUCUACCCGGACGAGGAUGAUUUCUACUUCUGUGGUCCCGACUCCGCGCCACCGGGGGAGGACAUCUGGAAGAAAUUCGAGUUGCUGCCCACUCCCCCUCUCUCUCCGAGCCGCGCCGCGCUACCGGGGGAGCCGGCGUCGGCGGACGCAGACGCAGACGCCGCGGGUUUUGGAUUAGCAGACCCGCUGGACUGGGCGUCGGAGCUGCUGCUGCUGCCCGAGGACGAUAUCUGGGGGGCGUCCGACGGGGACCUGUUCGGCUCCGCUUUGGAUUGUAACCCCAAUAAGAUCAUUAUCCAGGACUGCAUGUGGAGCGGAUUCUCCGCCCGCGAAAAGCUGGAGCGGGUGGUGACCGAGAAGCUGGGCAAAGCCAUUUCCACGGCGGCCGGAGUAAGCAGGGGCGUCAGCGUCAAGGCGCCGGAGCUCAGCCGCGCCGUGGCGGAGUGCGUGGACCCCGCGGUGGUCUUCCCCUUCCCCGUCAACAAGAACAGCAGCAGAGACCCUUCUGUCAGCCUACCUCCCUCCACUGCCCACAGCAACGUUGCCAGCGACUCUGAAGAGGAAGAUGAGGACGAAGAGGAGGAGGAAGACGACGAUGACGAUGAUGACGACGACGACGAGGAUGAGGAGGAGGAGGAAGAGGAGAUCGACGUGGUCACAGUAGAGAAGAGGCGCGCCACAGUCACCAAGGCGUCGCCCAUGGCAACGGGAACCGUCACAAUCUCUGUGAGAACCAAGACGGGCGCGUCCGGGGGCGCCAUCUCAGGGUCUGGCGCGGGGAACCGCUUCAUCAGCCGAGCACCUCAGGAGCUGAUCCUGAAGCGCAGCUCGGUUCACCAGCAGCAGCACAACUACGCGGCCCCCUCCCCGUACACGUCAGACGACGACCCCACCCCUCCCAUCAAGAAACAAAGGACGGCCGACGCCCCGCGACCCCCGGCCAGAACGAUCUCCUCGUCCUCCUCGUCCUCGUCGACGUGCUGCGGCUCGACGGUCGGAGGCGCGUCUGGGGCGCGCUCAAAGCGCAGCGCCAGCGGGGACAGCAGCCCGCGCGGUGGGUCCGACUCCGAGGACAGCGAGCGCCGGCGCAACCACAACAUCCUGGAGCGCCAGCGCCGCAACGAUCUGCGCUCCAGCUUCCUGACGCUGCGCGACAACGUGCCCGAGCUGGCAUACAACGAGAAGGCGGCAAAGGUGCUGAUCUUGAAGAAGGCCACCGAGUACGUGAGCUCGCUGGAGAUGGAGGAGACGAGGCUGCAGCAGGAGAAGGACAGGCUCCAGGCCCGCAGGCAACAGCUGAUGCGCAGGCUGGAGCAGGCUAGGACUCGCUAAUGGGACAACCGCUUUUCAACACCAGAAACACUCACGUAUUACCCUCGAAGUACCCUCUCCCCCCGUUCACUUUGAGACAUUACGCCUAACCUUUGACGGCAGGUAGAUGCGUACACAUUGACAGGCCUAUAUGUACAUUUAACCACACACCAAAUAACGGCCGCUCAUCUCCGUACACCCGGACAGACAAACAUGCAAAAAGUUUCGGAAGACGUUCGUCUUGAGCAGCGUAGAGUGGAAGGGGACUGAAGGGACACUCGGACUUUCACUGCCGCCACUUUUUUUGCACAUUUGUUGACGUUAAGAAUGUUUAGGGUUUACUUUUUUCAAUCUAGUCACAUUGAGAGAAAAAAAGAAAAAGACAAGAAUAAGGAGGGUGAAAGGAGGGAGGACAAAAACUCGUCAUUUCUUCCUUGGGCUUUUAUAUCAUUUCUAUUUGUACCUUGUUGUUUUUUUUGUUUUUUUUUUGGUUUUGUUUUGUUUUUGUUUUUUGUACUCACUGUGACACCAGCCUGGAGCCAGGUGAGACUCCCACAGGGAAGGGUGUUAGAGGGCACUUUGCUUGGUAGAGUUCAAAGUUCAGAGUUCACAUACGGAAGCAGUGCACGUUCACUUUGCCUUCACUACUGCAAACAAAAAACAAAAAAAACAACAAAAAAAAACCAAACAACAACAACAACAAAAAAACUAAAGACACUACGAUGCCCCGAGACGCGAUGGGUCCCACAAACGAUGAUGCCACUACGAGUUACCUUAUCUCACACUCCUCUCCCUCACACUGGUGCUCAUACCAAGUCAGUGGAUGUAUAACUGUGCACCUUGCUAGCCGACACUUUUGUAUAUAACAAUAUUGUACAGACAAAAAUACACUCAGAUCUGCCUUGUUUUGUACUACAUUUUGUCUUUGGGUUUUUAUAUACAUGUCAGGAAGCUGCCAAUAACUAGACUGGAAGUUUAUAUACCUUUAAAAGUACUGUAAGGCCUCGAUUUUUGAGAGUCAUGAAACUUUGUAAUAUAACAAUAUAUUGUUUUCUUUCUUCCCCUUCUCCUUUUCUUUGUAUUGUACCAUAUUACUAAUUCUACACACCUUUAUUCUUUAGUGUGAACCUGAUACAUACUAAAUUUAAUACUUAUAUUUUCGUAUGAAAAUGAGUUCUCAGUAGAUAUCACUAUCUCGUCUUUUUUUUUUUCUCCUUUCUUUCUCAGAUCAUUCUUUUGUACAGAAAUGAGUUCUAUCUUCAUGUACCUGGCCUUUCUCCUCCCCCCUCGUUCCCUUCUUUGUUUAUAUUUGUAACUCGCGGGUGCAUAGAACUGGGUAAACGGAUAUAAGUUGAUGUUGUUUUUUUUUGUUUUCUCAUUCUUAAAAUGUACAUUUAGUGCUGCAACUCAUAGCACUUUGAAAUACCUCAUUUUGAAAAAUAAAUAGACAUCGCAAAACUGUUGUCUUGGUCGGUGAAGAUCAUUUAUCUCCAUCAAGACUGAGGACACAUCGGCAAGAAACUCUCUCUCUCUCUCUCUCUCUCUCUGUCUGUCUCUCCGUGUCUCUCUGUGUCUCUCUCUCUUUCUGUUUGCCUAUUUGCAUUCUGUCUGUUUGUUUUGCUGCCAUGAAAGACAGGACUCAUCCUGACAAAGAAA